AUGGUCUUCAAGCCCUUCAAACCUCCUUUAAUAAGGAAACCACAACAAUCCCAACCAUCGUCGUCAUCGAAUGAAACCAGGACCGAACCUGUCCCGCGAGAAACUAUCACCAUCACAGAUGACCAGGAUGCACCUCCGGCCAAAAAACAGCGUUUGCAGACAGAGUCAGCGCCGCGGAGACCUUUGCUUCAGGUGAGGAAUCAAGGUGGGUUGGGUGGUGGUGAGAAUGGUGAGAAAGAGAAGAAGACAAUUGGAGGUGGGGAUGGGAAUAGGAAUGGGGGUGGAGAGGAGAGGUUUUUUAAUGUCCUAUGGCGCAAACCAACCACCAAAAAGAACAAAACCUGGGACGGAGACGGUAUCCUAACGAUCCGCGACGGCUACGCCCAUCUACAAGAUAUUUCAGGGAAAGAAAUGGGCCGUAUAAUGUACGGAUCGAAACUCGAUUCCGGUACGAUGCUGUCGAUUGGGAGUAAAGAGGUCGAGGUUGACUCGGAGAUUCCGAGGAAAGAGUACAUGUCGGGCAGGGUUUUUCUUGAGAAUAAUACCGCUUCGGUUACGCCAUCUGUGUCUACGAAACAGUUCAUUCCUUUGGCGGGUCAGAAUAAGACGGGGACGAGGAAUGCCGCUACGCCGGGGGUUAAUGCUGCUACUGGUGGAAGUGCGGCGUCUGUCUCGAAAAGCACCACUGCCAAGUCGACCAGUGCGUAUAAGACGCCGUUGUUAGAGACGACGGUCAUACCGCAGAAGAAAAGUCUCCCUAGCCCACGGCAUGAUCCGAAAGCGCCCGGAGCGUUGGUAAUGAAACGGCCUGAUUCAGCGCCGAAGGGAAAACAGAUUGUCGAUGUGGUUGUUGAUCCUAUUCUAGGUAAGCAUCUUCGCCAACAUCAGCGAGAAGGUGUGCAGUUCCUCUACGAGUGCGUGAUGGGAUUGCGGUCGUUCAAUGGCGAAGGGGCGAUCCUGGCCGAUGAUAUGGGACUCGGAAAGACACUGCAGACGAUUACGCUGCUGUGGACGCUGCUGAAGCAGAAUCCGAUUUAUGAAAGUCCUCCGGUCGUAAAAAAGGCUCUUAUUGUUUGCCCAGUAACGCUGAUCAGCAACUGGAGAAAGGAAUUCCGGAAGUGGCUGGGCAAUGAGAGAAUUGGAGUCUUUGUCCUCGACGAUAACCGGAAGCGAUUGACAGAUUUCACUAUGGGCAAAGCUUAUAGCGUUAUGAUUGUGGGAUAUGAGAAGUUGCGGACUGUCCAGGAAGGACUCACGAGAGGCAAUGGUGUCGAUAUCAUCAUUGCAGAUGAAGGGCAUCGGCUGAAGACACUGCAGAACAAGAGUGGCCAGGCAAUUCAGUCGUUGAACGCCGCGAAGAGGGUUAUUCUCUCUGGCACUCCUAUUCAGAAUGAUCUGAGAGAGUUCUUUGCGGCAGUGGACCUGGUCAACCCUGGUGUCUUGGGAACUUUCAAGGCCUUUGUUAGGGAAUUCGAAACGCCAAUUGUGAGAAGCAGACAACCGGAAGCAACGCGGAAAGACAUCGAGAAGGGAGAGGCCCGUGGUGAAGAGUUCAGGGAGCUCACAUCCAAGUUCAUGCUGCGCAGAACAGCAGAUAUCCUGGCCAAAUACCUCCCGCCCAAGACGGAAUACGUCCUCUUCUGCAACCCUACGCACGCCCAGGCCAAUUUCUACAAGCAUGUCCUCGCCUCACCUGCAUUCCAAAGCGUCCUUGGCAACUCUGAAAGUGCCCUACAACUGAUCACCAUCCUCAAGAAAGUUUGCAACAGCCCAUCCUUACUCUCCGCGCAAAACGUCAACGACACACCCAGCGAAACAAUCACAUCCCUCCUCUCCUCCAUCCCCCCCAAACUCGCCCGCAUCACUCUCAACUCCCCCGGCAUGAGCGCCAAAAUCCGCGUCCUCGACCAACUCCUCCACAACCUCCGCACAAAAACAUCCGAGAAAAUCGUCCUCGUGUCAAACUACACCUCCACCCUGGACCUCCUCGCCAAACUCCUCUCCUCCCUCUCCCUCCCCUUCCUCCGCCUCGACGGCUCCACCCCAGCCGCAAAACGCCAGUCCCUAGUCGAAGACUUCAACCGCCUGCCCGCCUCCGUCUGCUUCGCCUUCCUCCUCUCCGCAAAAGCAGGUGGCACGGGCCUGAACCUUAUCGGCGCAAGCCGUCUCGUUCUCUUCGACGUUGACUGGAACCCAGCGACUGACGUGCAGGCGAUGGCGCGGAUACACCGGGAUGGACAGAAACGGCAUUGUCGGAUCUAUCGCGUUUUGCUGAAGGGGAGUCUGGAGGAGAAGAUUUGGCAAAGGCAGGUUACGAAGAUUGGAUUGGCGGAUAGUGUUAUGGAGCGGAAGGAUGGGGUUGCGCAGUUCUCGAGGAAUGAGCUUAAGGAUUUGUUUCGGUUGGAUGAGAGCAGUCUCUGCCAGACGCAUGAGCUGCUGGGGUGUGAGUGUGGGGGCCGGGGUGUCACUCCUCCGAAUAAGCAUGAGCCGGAGGGCUCUUCUAUUAGGAGAGAAUCACCGGAACGAAACAAUGAAGAAGAGGAUAACGAUGAUGAAGACGAAAUCCCCGACCUCCCCGACUUCCCAACCCUCCUCAAAGCCUCCGAAGUCGACAUGGAAGAACAAGAGCGUCUCAUCCGCCAACGCCAACGUCAACGCACCCGCCCAUCCAAAUCCAACCGCGACCCCAACACCAAUGAUAACGAAGACGAAGAAAACGAACCCAUCAACCAAAAGAACAAAAUGCAGCAGUCGCUCGCUGCCUAUACGCACAUCGACCCGCUCUUGAUGUCGGAGUCUAAAAUCGCAGAGCAUGAUGUCAUGAAAGCGAUUGACGAUGAUGAUGUUUUGUUUCCGUUAGUUCAGGAGGAGGAUAAUCGGGUUGGGUUUAUUUUUAAGAAGAGAGGUGCUGCUCCUACCAGUGAUACUACAUCUGUCGAGGUAGGUGAUGGAGAUGAAGGUGCGAAGGAAGUUGGGGAAAGCUCUGCUUCUAGCCCGAUUGUGCUGGAUUAA